GACUUACACCCGGUUCUCCCUUCUCAUUGGCAGGCUGGGAUAGCAGUCAAGCGAGCCAGCGAGCCGCCGCGCGGGUGCCGAGCCUUAAAGUGCCAUGGGCUGAGCGGGUUCCCUUUUGGCCGACAUGGCGGCAGCUAGGGGCGGCUAUCCGCUCACGGAUGAUCUGUGCAACACUCAGAACUCUACAUCAACUACAGAUGGGCUCUCUUCAGCUUCAUUUAUAGAAUAUCCAAAGCACAAGCCAUUCAUUAAUUCAGAUUUGCAGCGUUCCCAAUGGAAACCAGUAGUUCCAUAUCCUGAAAGCCACAGCAGAGCAAUAUUUUCUGCUCUGAAGAAUCUCCAGGAAAAAAUUCAUCACCUGGAGUUGGAACGAUUUGAGGCAGAGGAGAAUGUGAAACACCUCAGCAGGGAAACAGCAAACUUCAAAAAAUUACUGAGUGAACAAAUGCAAGACAAAGAACGGGACAGGACUGAAGUGUCAAAGAAAAAUCAAGAACUGACUUCUCAGCUGGCAGCUGCUGAGUCUCGAUGCAGACUUCUAGAGAAACAGCUGGACUACAUGAGAAGCAUGAUCAAGCAUGCAGAAAAUGAGAAGUCACAUCUCUUGGAGAAACAGGGCUCCUUGGAGAGAAAUCGGCUUCUUGACCAAUCACAUGUUCGGUCUAAAUUGGAAAAGCUGGAUAUACUGGAAAAAGAGUACAACAGACUAACUACCAUGCAGUCCACAGCAGAGAAAAAAAUGAAAGAGCUGGAACAGAAGCUUUAUGAGGAAGAACAUGCAAGGAAGCUUGUUCAGGAAAAAGCAGCUGAGCUUCAGACAGGCCUGGAAACCAACAGACUACUGAUUCAAGCAGCAUCACCACUGCUUUCUCCAAAAGUAAGACAACCCAGGAGAAAAGCUAAGCAGCCAGAGAAGAAAUGCUCUGUCAGACAUUGCACUGUGCAGCCCCAUUACAGGUUGUGUCUGGGUGAUGUUCCCUUUGUGGCUGGGAAGUCUACUGGUCCCAGUCAUUCGGUUACUGCCAACGUGCAGCACGUGCUACACCUGAUGAAACAUCACACGAAAGCUUUGUGUAACAGACACGUGGUGAACGAUACUCCAGCAAAACCCACCAGCACUGGUCAUCCUGCCUGCAAAAGCAGGCGGCCAUCCCUGACAAUGGACUCGUCCUCAUCUCAGGAAGAGCUCUCAGAAGUGUUGCUGACUUUACAAGACGAAUUUGGACAGAUGAGUUUUGAUCACCAGCAGCUGUCAAAGCUCAUCCUGGAGGCCCCAACUGCUACAGUGAGGGAAGAGCUGGAGAAGGAACUUGAUGCACUGGUGGGAAGGAUGGAAGCAAAGGCAGACCAAAUCAGCAAAGUUCGGAAGCAUCGUUUGCAGCUAGAGAGACUUAAGAGAGAAUGCAAGUCCAGAAAGACUUCUGCUAAACAAAUAAAAGACAGCAGGUUCCCAGUCAGUGAGGUUAAAGUAACAACAACAGUAACCACAAAAGGAAAGAAUGCAGGUCCCAUCAAAGUGAAGCCUGGAGAAAAGAGUCGGAGAAAUCUUCAGUUGCUGAGAGACAUGCAGACCUUACAGACUUCUCUACAGAAAGAUGAUGUCAGCUGGGACUACUGACUCUUCUGCAGGAGAUGUUCUUGAAGCAUCCUGGCCAAACUUACUAUUGGAUCUAAAGCACCUGCCUUUCUUGCUGUGUGGAAGAGACUACUGUAUGCUAAGCACACUUUUGAAAUACAGGCUUACAGGCUCUUGGCUCUCCAUCCCUGCAUUUGAUUGUAUAUAUUAUGGUCUAGCUUAAAUCAAAUUCUAUUUUCAAGGUACAUGGCCAGUGAAUCUUAACAGUAGGGUUCCCCCGGUUCCCUGUGUUAUGGUUCCAGCAGUCCUUCUGUUUUUGUUCCAGCACACCAAGCACUGCACAUGUAUGUGGGUUGGUGUGUGUGUGUGUGAUGUGCCAAUGCCGUUUCUUGCUGUUGAUCCGGGAGGCCUCUUGGGAUGCAUCUCGUGUGAAAACAGUGCUGCAGUCCUGGGUGUUGAGGGCUUUUGUCAGUUCUGUUCUGUGUGCAGCUGCAUCUCUGGGAGUGUCUGAGGAGAACAGGUAAAACCCCUUCAGAGGUGUUCUGUGGGGCUCUCUUCAAAAAGCAUCCCUGGUUCUUGAUCUGCUACAUGCAUUAUUUAGCAUCAGUGGGGGUGGAUGUUUGAGUGCUUAGAAAAGGAGCAAAGUAGCUUAUGAAUUACAUUGCUGGAUGAUCAAGUGAAAUUUUCCUACAGAAAUUCUGCCUUAGGAAAAUGCUGUAGGGUAGGGGGUAAAGGAGUGAGAGAAACCACACAGGUGUUUUAAACUGCAAGUGCCUCAGUUGUGCCAUUUGGUCCUGGCAUCUUGCUUUUAACUUAAGUAUGUGCUUUGAUGAGCUAUCAGCUUUGGUAGUAGUGCAAUUAAGUUUGUGCUCUGACUUGCACAGCUGAUUAAAUGUUAUUUAUUAUGUUAAUAAUGUAAAGAAUUUCCUGUUAAUGGAAUGUAUAGAAGACCCAGAUUACCUGUAUAUACAGCUGAAAAAUAAUAAAGCUAGCGUGCCUGUUGAAUAAAUUGUGGGAAAGCUGCA